AUGAACCAUGAACCACGAACCGUGGUGGCCGCCAAAGACGUGGGAGCCAAGGGGACCACGUCGGCCUCCGCCGGCGUUGGUCUCAUCGGCAAGCCGUCACGGGACAUUGAGUUGCACAGGCGGCCAGGUCGAUUGCGCCUCGGUGCCGCCACUCGUCUGCCCGUCGUCGGCGGCAAGUGCUCCAACGCGAAGCGCCAAGUGGGCAGACGCAGCCGUCGUCAAAAGCAGGCCGCCGUGACAAGACUUGAAGACCCUACCUGCUACCCAACCAAGUACACAUGA